ACAAACCACAACAUUUCAACCCUCUCGAACUUAUGUCUCCUGACGAAUAAUAUAAUUCUGUUCAUUAAUAAUAAUUUGUUUCUUCACAUUUUAAAAAAUUCCUCCAUGCUUUAUAUUUAUAAAAUCAUUCUGGCUUUUCCGUUUCCGGGUUUGCCCUUUCCUUUUUGAAGAGUCAAUAAUCAUGGCGACCCAACUAUCAAAGAAGCGAAAGGUAUUUAUGCAAUUAUUACAGAAAUAAGUGACCAAUACCAUAAAUAUAAUAUUUAAUACACCUACUUGUGAUUAUAAAUAUUAAAGUUAUUCUUAAACUAUGCUUAUAUCGACAGAUUACCUGAGAUGAAGCUGAUGUUGUAGUCCGAUAAAUCGUUUUCCUUUUUAGUGUCGAUAAUAGGUUUAACAGUUUUAUUUAUUUUAAAUUCUGGUUAUUAGCCCAUUCAAUGACAAAAUUAACCAUAUUUUCAGAAUUACAGAAGUUGUAUGCAGUAUACAUUGUUUAUAGUUUAUGUAUAUUUUGACAUCGGUUACUUUUCAUUGCUACAAAGUUAAGCAUUAUCAUUUAUUUGUUUUGAUCUGAAUAAAGUAUAAAGUGGUAUACCAAGUGACAAGUGUAACCAAGUAAUCUAUAGCAGUCUAAAGUUUGAUAUGUAAGAUGACAUUUAAGAUUAAUGGAUAGGUCUUGUGUAUCCCUAACCAUCAAACAAACAUGAUUAUUUGAGCAUGUGAAUAUGGACACUGGACUUAAAUAAUAAUUAUAGAGUUGUCACCUGCAGGUACUUGACUUUUCAGUACAGUACAUGUUUUAGUUUUAGAAUAUAUUUUUUUAUUUUUUACUGGUUUAAUUUUUUGCUCUUGCCAUAGCAGUAUGAAAUGAAGGCACUCGUCCUCCUUUAGUCCAGCUAAUGGCUAAUGCAUAUGUUGGAUCAGUGCACCAUGAUUGUCACCACUGUAACUGUAGCCACACGUAGGAUUACCAGGAUUCUCUCCCUUUUUCUUCAUUCUUGGGUUUUUUUUUUUUUUAGUUUUAAAUUAUAAUUUCAUUGGGAUGCUAGUUAUAUUUAAAAAUUUUCCAGCAUUUUGGAAAAAUGGAGGAAUUGUAUUGACUGUUGAUUUUUCUGACAACUUUUAUAUAUUAUGUCUAAUGGAAUCUGCACAGUAAACUGUAUUUGAUGAAACAUUUGGUUUUCAUUAGGCUAUUUUUACUAUUUAAAAAUUUUGUAUUGUUUUUCUUCAUUUUUCCACUUUCCUUAUCAGUGUGUAACUGUUGCACACUCACAUUUUAGUUGAGGGAAGGGAGCGACCUCAGGUCUUUGAGACUUCUUGCCGCAUAUCGAGAGGGAUACAAUAAAGUAGCUUCGUUCGCCACGAAAUUAAUGUACUGGCCGAAUUAACACCAGGAAAGGGGGCAACCACGGGUUCUUGAGUCUUCUUACAGUGUAUCUAGACAGUAAAGUAGCUUCGCUUGCGGCGAAAUUAUUUCAAUGGCUGAAAUUAUUAAAUUUUAAAGUUUUGUUCCCAUUUCUUUUCUCUCGGUUAAUUGCUAAUAGCACAUUCUUUCCCCUCCCCAUUUUAGAAGUAACACUGCCGCCAUCUUAGUUGCAUGAGGUCACAUCAACCAAUCACUAUGAGGGUCGUAGGAAAUUUUUACCUUAUAAAAGGUCCUAUUAAAUUUUUUUAGUUCGCUUAUAGUAAUAGUUUUGAUUAACAUUAAAUUUUUUCCCUUUUCAGUUUGUCACAGACGGUAUUUUCAAGGCUGAGCUUAAUGAGUUCCUCACAAGAGAGCUUGCAGAAGAUGGGUACAGUGGAGUUGAAGUUCGAGUAACACCUACUCGUACUGAAAUUAUUAUCCUUGCAACACGCACUCAGAAUGUUCUGGGAGAGAAAGGUCGCAGAAUCCGUGAACUCACAUCUGUUGUUCAGAAAAGAUUUGGGUUUCCUGAGGGUACUGUUGAGGUAAAUCAGAUAAGCGUCCUGUUUUUAAUUUAUUUUUCUUUUACGUUAACCUGUUGGCAUUGGUUUAUUAAUGUAAAGAUAGCAGUCACGUACUUGUUAUUUUAAGGGAAAACGUAGAUUGCUAGUAGUUUUAGGCUUAUGGUACUUAAUGCUUUGCUUUACUCUACCAGUGAUUGGUAUUUUGGGAUGUACUGAAGAUGAAUCCGCUAAAUUUUAAGUAGAUUUUGUCUGCAAUUUAAUUAUUUUAACUAUUUUCAGCUGUAUGCUGAGAAAGUUGCCACUAGAGGUCUCUGUGCCAUUGCUCAGUGUGAAUCACUGAGAUACAAAUUGAUUGGUGGUCUGGCUGUCAGGAGGUAACAUUUAGUUUCUUUAAUAAUUUGACUUGUUAUAUCCAAAUAGCAUACUCUGAAAUCUCAAUAACUUUGUCCAGUCAGGUAUUAUUUUUAAUUUAAUAACAGGUUGGAUUAUUUUGUUUAAUUGUAUUUCAUUUUGCUAUUGAUUAGUGCAAAAUAAACUUUUGAUAAUAAUUUUCAUUUAAAAGCUGAAACCUAUCAAUUUAUGAAAAAUGUUAACAGUUAAGAAUGUGUACACAUUGAAGGGGAGUUCAUUCAUGAAUUUUUCUUGAUUCUAUUUUAUAUUGAUGAGUUGUGGAUAUAAGGUUUUAAUAUUUUAAGAGUUUAACCUUGGCUUAAAAUAUAAAUAUUAAUUAUUUUUAAGGCAGUGUCUACACGUCGCGCCGGACGUCUAUCUCCCACACUAUUUGUCCAGCGACCAAGUCACCGCCGUAACAAAGUGGCGAGAGAUAUCUUGUCGAUCGGCCUUGUCACGUGACUGCGAAUAAUUAAAAACUAUUGUUAAUUUUCAAAUCUAUUUUUCUACCAAGUAAUGUACUGAGUAUCUUGCAUGCAAAUAAUAGAACAAAACUUAAGUGAAAGUGGUUUGUAAACAUUUUUGUUUAGUUUGUUAUUUGAGUUUGUGCACCAGUAAUCCAUAAAAUAAAUUAGGGGCCAGUGUGGAGUAGGCGACCAAUAAAAGUAAAGAUUUCAUUUAAAUUGUUACAAAAUAUUUAAAAACUUCUCAUGAAACUACUGUUGCUGAUGAACAUGAUUAUAUAAAUAUAGUAUAAAAUAUUUUACAUUAAAAGGGGAGAAAAAAAAACGAUCCUAUCCCCGGUAUUGAUCCUCAAAUCAUAAUAUCGUCAAGCGACCACUUUACCAUUAGACCACGCAAGAUCUGCCUAACUAAACUUCGUUCGGAAUUAUACAAACUACUAGCCGUCCGGCGAUCACGUGACAUAACCGCCGGACGUAUAUCUUGCGCACCAUUUGUCCGGCGCGCCGGGCGUGUAGACACUUCGUAUUUUUAAACAUUUCAAAUGGCGUUGCUGCUCUUCUUUGUGUGGGGUUUUCAUCAAAAGUAGUUUAUGUUGGAGUGUGUUAACAGGUUGUUUCUUUUUGAAGUAAUUCUGGUUUGCUAGUUCCUAUUAAUAAUAUUGCAAUUCCGCUUUCCAGGGCCUGUUAUGGUGUCUUGCGGUUUAUAAUGGAGUCAGGAGCAAAAGGUUGCGAGGUGGUGGUGUCUGGUAAAUUGAGAGGUCAGAGGGCCAAAUCCAUGAAAUUUACAGAUGGUCUCAUGAUUCACAGUGGUGAACCACUCAAUGACUAUGUUGAUACAGCUGUUAGACAUGUGCUGCUUAGACAAGGUAUGCAAAUUAGGAUUUUCCUUGUUAUGAAUGGACUAAGAGGUUAAACUUGACAGCUUAUUUUAUGGAGCCAAUAGCUCUGCUUUUUUGAGAAAUGUAGUGAUUAUUCCAUGUACCAGGUAUUAAGAAAAAAAUGUCCACACACUUAGCCAAAUUAACCCUUUACAGUCAGAUGCACCAGAAAUGUACAAAUUUUUUCCUUAAGCCUACAGUCAGUUGCAGCCAAACCCGUCUGUUUGGAGGUUGUUUACUUUCAUUCUUAGCUCAGCGGAAAUCCAUUGUGCAUUACUAUUUAUAAUUCUACUGAAAGAAAGCCUCGUUGUCUGCAUUUAUUUUGAUAUUAGUUUGACCGCUGUGUGUUUUGGGGCUCAUUUUCUACUAUUUUUUUUAAAUUUGCGAUUUCGCAGUUAAAAUGGCUUUCCAAGCCUUGGAUAUUAUUUUGAAAGAACUUAGGCCUAAUGAAGCUUCAUUAUUUAAUGAGUCUAGCAGCGAUAGUGAAGAAUCUGAUGAGACAUUAAUUAAAAGAUGCUACUAGUAAUAGUGAUUCAAGUGAAGAAGGUAAUAGUAGAGACAUUGAUGACAACGGACCUAUUAAUUCCAGUCCAUCAGUAAGAUCAUGAGUGGUCUGGGAAUGUUUCACAAAUCAAAGUGGGAGGGUCCCUGAAACUGUUUUAAGGUUUAACUUUUGCUUAAAUCAUUUAUUUGUAUUUAGGUAUUUUUUAUUUUCUCUUCUUGCUUCUAGUUUGUUUUCUGUAAAUUAAUUAGAAAAAGAACCAUCAUUUAAAAUGGAAAUAUGUCCCCUUGCUUGGGCAAUGGACUUUGCUAGGAAUAGGCUUGGACUGUAAAGGGUUAAUAUGUAUAUGUCAGUUUAUUUUGUAAACCAGUAUUAUAUGUUAAUGCAGUGGCAGCAAUUUUUUUAAUGUAAUCUUCCCUUUGCUUACUUUCUUUGUGGCCAUUUUACAAAUUGGCAUUGGUGAUGUCUUGUGUAUGGGAGUAAAGCAGCAAUUUUCUUUGUCAUUAAGAAUUGUUUAACAAAGAUGUGAAAUUUUAUUAACAAUUUUGUGAGUCAAAGGGCUGAGCCCUUAAUACAUUAUUCCUUGUAUUAUAUAUUUUGAAUUCUUGUGGUUUAAAUCUAAGACAAUAAUUUAAAUUUCAUCGUGAAAUAUAACCUGUUUAAGCAGCUAGGUGUGCAUUUAGAAGUAAAGGUUAUUCUAUAGAUGUUUGGUGCAUUGCUGAAAAGAAAUUUUUUUGUUUUGAAAUACAACUUCAUCAUCAUCAUCAGUGGGGCUACAGCCCUUGUAGGGCCCAUGCCUGCUCCACUACAUCCUUUUGGGAUCGAUUUAAUUGUUGCAUCUAUGGGUUGGUCUUUUGGUGUACAAAGCUUUUUUUAAAAUUGUGUACACUUGAUAUAGCUUUUGUUUUGUAUGGGUUUUCAAUACAUAGUGGAUCACUGGGCCAAAAAUUUUCCAAAGGAUUUUCCUCUCCCAUGUAUUGAGCACGUUCUCUGGUUUUAUGGUGAUUUUAUGGUAAAGAACCAAGUCUUUCUGGUCUUAUGAUAGCGGUGUAUGUUUUCUUCAGACCCCAAUAUUUUGAUGAAGUUUUAGGUUAAUGUACUAUUUACAUACACCCCUCCACUUCUGAAUUAGUUCAUAUGGUAAUGGACUAGAACUUUCCUUCAUUAUUUCCAGGAGACAAAAUAAAAAUGGACUGUCAAGAUUUAAGAUCAGUCACAACUUUUGUUGUUAAGAGCUUAAAAUGUCAGUGUUGGAUCUUAAUUUUAAUGUUAUUCUUGUCAGGUGUUCUUGGUAUCAAAGUGAAAAUUAUGUUGCCCUGGGAUCCUACUGGAAAGAUGGGUCCAAGACGUCCGCUGCCUGAUCAUGUCAGUAUCGUGGAGCCUAAAGAAGAAACUGCACCAGCACAGCCCUACAGUGAAGCCAAGGGUGGUAAACCAACAGAUGCUCCAACCCCAGCUAUUGGCUCUGUUCCUGCAUAGUGAUGGGUGAGGCUUUAUCUAAUGAUCAGUUCUAAUUCAAUUGAGUGUACCAAAAAGCCUAACUUUAACUCAUUUCCAGCAGUACAUAAUUUAUUUUCCUGAGGAAAGGGAAGCAACUCAGUUUUGAAAUUGAUUUACAUUUUUUAAAUAUUUUUUAAGCUGCUAAAUAUUAAUAGAUGUUAAUGAAUUAAGACGAAUGCAUCAAACAAUAAGGUUUAAUUAAAUUAUAACAGAGUCAAAAAAUCGAUUUUUGGCACCUUGGCGAACUCGUACUAGAUGUAGACGCGCCGUACGAAAGCACACAUAGUUUUAAAGUCUUCCGGUUUUUAAACUAAAAUCAUGCAGAAUCAAACCAUAGCCGGAAGUCUCGAGGGACGUGAGAUUUCAUUGCUGCAUUUAAUUAAACAUAAAGAGAGGUGUGUUGCUAUGCGCUGGGUCGUAUUUGGACGCAUCCGUCCCAAGUAUCAAAGGGCGCAUUAAGUAGCAACAGUGUUGGGAAUGAUUUAACUAAUUUUGAAAAUACAUGUUGGUUGCACACCCAUUCAUUAUCAGGCAUGUACAUAAUUUUUACAAUAUGCCUUGCUGUUUCCAAAAGUUAAAACCUCAUUUGUAAAAUUACUUAGGAGGGGUGGGGUUUUUUUUUUUGUGUAAGUUUUUUUUUUGUCAAGGGCUUUGUGUAAUUUUUUUUUUGUUUCAACAUACUUUUAAACAAAAAUUGCAUUUAGUUUAACAUGUUUAUUUUGGGAUGAUUUUGAUGAAUUGAGUGCUGUUUAAUAUUAAGCUCUGACUUUUUUUAUUCUUCUCUUCUCCCCAGACAUUACUGGAGUGACAUAAAUUAUGCCUGAUAUGAAUAAUUAAAGCUAAAAAGAUAAGGCUCUUGGUUCUCCUCAAAUUAUUUGUUUUCAGUGUGUUUGUUUUGACUGUCAGUGUGAUAAAAGUAUAUACUUCCUCAGGUCAGACUACAAAUUUAUGCUCAAACUUAAAUUGUUCAAUACAUUUAUUAAAAAUCCAUCCUUUUUAUAUG